ACAAACAGUUUGAGCUGCCACGACGCAGAGCGCAGGCACCCUGUCCGCGGCAGUGUGUGACCUAUUUUUGCUUUCUUUUAACUUUUCGCCAUGAGUACAGUCGGCUCAGAGCACGUGUUUUUGACUGCUUUACAGCCCAACACUUCAGUCUCAACUUACGCCCUCCCGUCCGAGAUCAAAGUCGGGAAUGGGGGCUCCGUGUCUGACGACUCUGCGAAAGCGCGACGCGUCCAGCAGCAGAUCCAGAUGAGACUGGCGGAAAAGUCCACACUUCCGCGUCAGAAUGGAUCCACCUCACACUACGCCAUGUCAGAUUACGGUGGUUCAUCGUCAGUGAAAUAUAACACCCAUAACCCAAGUUUCAGCUCUAAAUCAUCCUUCAUGUACUCUGGCUCCAGAACAAUCGGUCCGCAACUGUCUCAAAGGUCAGGCUUCAGCAGCCGUUCUGCCGCCCCAGACAUGGCUGGGUUUCAGAGGAUGAGUAUGAGGAGUGGAGGUCCAGGUUAUGCUGUUGGUGGGGGUGGUGGGGGUUUUUAUCAAGAAGAAAUGCGCGUGGGGACCAUGAAACGAAUGGACCCAGAAAUCUCUACGCAUUCAAUGCAGCCAAUACCAAUGCAAAUGAGGGGCUGGGCUGUCGACAACAGCGAUGCUGGCAGUUUAGUCUCUGAACGUGACGGCACCUAUGGUCGCUCGUAUGCUCAGAGCGCAGUCAAUGGCUACACCAGCCAGAUGAUGCAAGGAGGAGGCAGCUCGGGCUUUCAGUCAACCAUGCGCCGAUCUCUAAGCGGCACUCUUACCCGUGGCGGAGGGGUGCCACCAGGUGGGACAGAGAUUGUCCAACAGCAGUCCUUCAAAGGCCCGGCCCACCGCACCAUCAGCAGGAUUACAAACCGUAACCGGAUGAGCGUGGGCUCCAUGUCUGGAACCAUGCAGCAGACGGCAGGUGGGAACAUCUACGGGGGAGGUGGAGACACUGUGGACGGAGGGUUCAUGAUGUCCACAAUGUCUGGCUCCCAGGGGAACCUAAGGAUGCAGCGUCAAGGCACCAUGUCCCGUGCCAUGUCGGUGAAGAGCAUGCAGAGUGUGGGCAGGGGCAUGGACAUCUACGACGGGCAGAUGGAGUUGGGAGCCAGCAUGGGCAACCUGAGUAUCUUGUGGAACCUUUCAUCCAAAGAAAACCUUAAGGAGAAACUAGCCAAAGCGACACUUUCUACACUUACUCAAAAGAUCCUCACCCCCCUCUCGAAAAACGAGAUGGGUCGGACUGGGCAUACCGAUUCAGACACAGAAAUCCCUCCUGAGUCCCCUUCCGAGACAGAAAUCUUCUGCAACGCCACGGGAUGCCUCAGGAAUUUGAGCUCCGUGAACGAAAAGACCCGCCGGUCGAUGAGAGAAACAAUUGGACUUGUGGAGUCUUUGGUGAACUACAUCACGGCCUGCCUCAAAACAAACAGAGCCGAUGACAAGGGGGUGGAGAAUUCGGUGUGUAUCUUGAGGAACCUCUCCUACCAGCUCUACGGCGAACUUCCAUCUUCUGUUUUAGCCCGCAUUGAACCAAACAGAGAUCAGGACAAUGGGCUGGGCGAAUCCAUCGGCUGCUUUACACCUCAGAGCCGAAAAACCAAAACUAAAAAGAAGCAGUUUCAAAUUUUAAAUCAAGUUGCUAAAGCGCCAAAUGGUAUGGAGUGGCUCUGGCAUCCUGAUAUUUUGAAGGUGUACCAUGAAUUGCUGAAAAAAUGCGAAGCCAACUCUAACACCCGCGAAGCAGCUGCUGGAGCACUGCAGAACAUCACAGCUGGAGACAAAAGGUGGCCUGCGGUGCUGAGCGAUAUGGCUUUGGACAAAGAACGCAUGCUGCCAACCAUCCUAGAUAUAGUACCUCGUUCUGCCAAAGAUGCAGAGCUGCGUUCGCUCACAGGUUUCCUACGAAACCUUUCCCGCCAUACCGACAAUAAAGACGAAAUGGCCAAAAAGACUGUGAACACACUGGUGGAUAAACUGCCUAUGGAUGGAAAACAGAAGUUUCCCUCCAGCGAAUCGGUGGUCAACAUCUGCGGUGUUUUCAAUAACCUGGUGACUGGCAGCAUGAGUGCAGCCAGAGACAUCGCACAAUUUGAUGGCCUGACAAAACUGAUGGGCAUCUACGACUCACGAGGCAGCAGCCUUGAAAACAAUAAGGCAUCCACAGCAGCAGCCACAGUUCUGUCCAACAUGUAUCAUUACAAGAAGCUGCACAGACAGUACCAAUCGAAAGGAUUCACGAAACAGUAUCAAUCAACGCUAUUGAUCUAAAGCUGAGGUAACUUGGGACAAAUUCAAUUCUACAACAGCGGACAAUCCUGAAGUCUACCAGCACUCAGUGGCAGAAAUCUAUACCACGGUAACAUCUGCUCUGUCUUCACCUGCAAUCAUUUAUGUUAUGGAUAUCAAUACACAAGUAACGGAGGAUCCAUCCAAAGGAAAUGUCAGUGGGCAUCGAUGCAGUGCAAGAAUUUAUGGAUUCUAAUACACAUAUUUGCACCUUAAGCAUUUACUCUCUUUGUUAGAUCACUGUAUGCGUUUUAUGUAUAAUCAGGGAUUUAUUUUCUGUCACAGAGGUUUUAAAGCAGUUGAUGGACAAUCUGAUGGACACUUGUGCCUUAGGUUUUAACAAAACUCCCUGUUUUGUCUCUCUCGUUUACGGUUCAGAUGCAAGAUAGCCUUGUUUUUGUAAAUAUUGCUUUUUCUUUUGCAUAGAAAUGACAUGUGUUUGUUUUAUAGACAGCAGUCCUUUGUACUCGUAGUUUUCAGAUGGAUGAUGUCUGUUAUAUUUGAAUGUAAACCAUAGAUUUAUAGAAACUUGGAUGUAAAUAAAUCAGCUGGGGGGGGAGGGGGUGUCAUUCAAUGUGGAAUUUUGUUUAUACAUAUGUCUAUUCUUAUGCAAUGUUGUUAUAGUAAUCACUGUUUUUCUGGUGUAAUUAAUGGUGUGUGCUUAAUGCUGGGGUGGCUUGAUUACUUGUUGCAGGACAGAUGAAACCAAGUAUUUGUCAUUUUAGCUAUUAGCUGUGGCAAAUUGUAGAUGUAAAUGUCUUUCAAACCUGGAUCCAUUGUGCUGUAAAUCUAUUUUGCAAAGUCUAUUGUAUAAAAAUUAAAUCCCUGAAAUGCAGCAGUUGCUGCUCAGUGGCAUAAAUGGUAACCUUGUGUUUCUGUGUGGGCAGUAGAAGACACUUUGUUUGAUGCUUUUUGCAGAGGUGUCAUCUGCAUAUUUAACAUCUAAUAAAGAGAAACAUUUGGAAAUGAAA